AUAUGUGUAAACCAAGAAUAAUUAUACACGACAGAAAUGUUAAAUCAGCAGCAACAAGUCAGUUUAAAGAAGUUGUGUGCGGGUCAACUUGUGAUGAAAUGUACAUCGAUAGUUUCAGAGUCAUCGAUAGGUAGAGCAGCUGUAAACCAAUCAGCUGUUGAUUGUUUUUGUUACGGAAGAGUUGAGGAAGUACAUUGUUAAGCAUGUGGAAGAAAAUAAUAUUGCCCACAACGAAUGCAUUAAAACAUCAACAAGUGAGAUCAAAGGAGUUGAAAUGGACAUCAGUCCGCCAGUUCGCAGCAAAAGCCACAGCGCCUAAGCUACUGCAACUGGAGCAGGAGCAUAUCGAUGAAGCCAUCAAAUUGGAGCCCACUCUGUCCAUUUACACGCCAGAUGUGUGGCAUCGUGCCCAUGCAACAUUUCAAAAUCAUGGACUACAGACAGUAAACUUUCUACGCAUUGUUACCGGCAAUCCCGCAGUGCUCAAACGAACCCCACAGCGCAUCAUUGAGAGUUUGGAGAUCUGGCGCAGUUGUCAGUUUGGUGAGCAUUUGUUGCAUCUGCUGUUGACAAAAUAUCCGGAGUUACUUGAUGUCAAUAAUGCACACGAAUUGCGCACACUAAACGCCUAUCUGAAGAGUCGCGUUUCAACGAACAAAAAUGUGUGGAAACUUCUGAUGAAUUGCCCGGAUUUAUUGGCGCAAUCGGAACAUAGCAUGGAACAAAAGUUGAACUAUAUGAUUGACGUAAUGCGUCUUGAAGUACCGGAGAUUGUUAAGUCAGCUGCCAUGUCGUUGCCCUUCGAUGAGCUACGCUGUCGUCAUACUUUCCUGUUGCGUUUGGGUUUAUUUAAGCCGCGUGCUCUGAAAGCAGAUCCCGAUGAAAAGACCACCAAUAACAGGCUCUAUCAGAUUACAGACACUUCAGAGAAGGCGUUUGCCACCAAAAUAUGCCAUGUCACGUUGGCCGAAUAUGAGGCAUUCAAGGAAUUGUUAGCGAAAGAAUUGGAGAGGAAGUCGCGUAAGCAAAAAGCGGAUAAUGAAGAAUUCAGUGAGGAUGAAGAUUUCAAAUAGUUAUUGUUAAGUUGUACUUUGUUUUACUAAUUACAUUUAAAUUUAUUAAAGAGAUUGUUAAGAAA